AUGGGUGCGGAGGGAGUGAAGAUGGCCACUCAAAUCGAAGUGGAUGGAGGUCCACUGUUACGCGAACAGGCGCAAGCUUCGCCGCCGCCUCCUCUGUGGCUAGCUACUGCAGCGGAGAAGACUGCACACAAGCAGAUCAGCGACGCCCAUAGGGCCACCGAAGUGGAGGAGGCCGCGGUCCGUUCCAUGGCGGAGCAUAGUAGAAACGGCGCUGGAGGGUCGAGGGCUACAGUGGCCGAAUCGGGGAACAUUGUUGAGAUGCCUUGUCGACCUGAACGCAGCGCCACACUAGAUGCACACAACAUUGGAAUGUCGAUUCCAGUAGGAAAUAGCUUGGAGAAGAGAGUUCACAUUGGAUUGUUUCAUGAUAAAAAUGUUAGCUUUAGCAAGGAGCAUUCUAAAUGGAUGUACAAAAAUAAUCAACAUUUUCAAAAUUCAUAUCAUAAUAACUACAACAUAGGUUCAAUAUUUUGGAUGGUUCUGCAUAACAAGUGCGCAGAUGAUAAGUUUGCUCAAGAGUUUGGCAUCAAUGUUAACAGUGAUCUAGUGACUGUUCCAGCCAGUGUACUGCCUCCACCCCUGAAAAUGAUCAACGGAGGAACUAUUGAUAACUGGACUUGUUUGAACUUUUCACGCAUGCGCUCUGAUGAGGUACAAAGGUUGGAUCUGACUCAUAUGUGCAAUGCCACUGGAAUGAGCAAAGACGACAACGAACUAGUACUGCCACAUUCUAUGGUUUAUGGAAAAGCACUUGAAGUGGCAAGAAAAGGAAACUAUAACUUUGAUACCUGUGAUAUUGUCAUGAAAUGUCUUCAAAAAGCUGAGAGAAAGGUUGAUGAACAGAUGCAAAAGCAAAAAGAACAACCUAAUGUGUCCAUGAAUGGAACUAGUGAAAAGGAAAUGCAUGCAUGGCGAAUUAUACCUCAUCUGAUACUGAAGCUAUUUCUGGGAAUAGAUAUGGUGCAUCUGGAUCGUGUGCAGGAAUGA